UAAUGUGACAAAAGUGCGAUGGUGCCUUUGUUAAUUAUUCACAUUAUAUCUGCCUCUGUACAAAAGGGGAAUCAAGGCACCUGAACAGAGAAACCAUUGGAAAUGGGAAAAUAUCUAGAAUCGUUGAAUACGGUUGUGACUGGUUAUGCCCGCUUUUUCUUGAAAGCAGCAAAGCAAAAUCAGAUCCAAAGACUCCACCUGUUAAUCGGUCGGUUUGCCAAUGCACGCGGUUGGCUGCGGUUGGGUGAAGGGGUCCCCCCAAAGUUUCUCAGCCCCCCUUUUGGAUGUUCCCAUGACAGGCUGACCCACCAGUGAAUCCCCUGCACUGGCUUUGAAGCCUAAACCAGCAAACCAGAUCUGAGUUAACAGUCCCACAAAGGCAGACUCUUGCUCAGUGCCUGGUUCACUCAGAUUGGGAGCCCUCUGGGGAGGCUCCAAGGCCAACCUCACAGGGCUGUUGUAGGGACUAGAUGAACUGGGAAUAGCAGAAGCCAAGUCAGUUACAGCAGUGUUUUUCAAACUUGGAAACUUUAAGACGUGUGGACUUCAACUCCCAGAAUUCCCCAGCCAGCAUGGGUUUGAAAAACACUGAGUUAAGAGUCUCAGUCUCUGUUCCUCAGCCUGCCCUCCUCCAUCAACAAUUAUAGGGGCUUCCUGCACUCUGCAUAUGGUCCGAGGAAUCUAGUUCGAUGCUCAAAGAAUGAUUUAGUAUCUCGAUGGCCCACUCUGCAUGCCCUGUUGCCUUUGCCCUCCUCCGCACAGAAAGAAACUUUUUUCCCCCAACCAACAUUGUUUUCCUCCUCCCGCAACUUUGACAACUCGUCGAGCGAGGUGCUCGGAGCUCGGCUGGCCAGCCCUUGCGUCGCUGAUCGGUGGCUCCGCUGUCGUUCGGCAAGGCCUGCUUCUCGGGCAGACUCCCCCUCGACGCGCCUGCGCAGUGCGCCUGAAGAUGGCGGCCGCGCCUGGAGAGUUGCAGGAGGAGGCGCUGCGGCGGAGGGAGCGGCUCAAGGCGCUGCGAGAGCGCACCGGGGCUUCCAGAAAGCAAACUAAUGACGAUGAGGCGCCAGAGGUCAAGCUGCUGAAAAACCACAGCGAGGAGGAAGAUGCUCCAAAACAUAAGGAGCUCAAGCUGCGGAAUUACGUCCCGGAAGACGAGGAGCUGAAGGAAAGAGUGGUGCCUAAAGCAAAGCCUGCUUCAGUGGAAGACAAAGUGAAGGACCAGCUGGAGGCAGCCAAACCUGAACUCAUCAUCGAGGAAGUGGAUCUGGCAAAUCUCGCCCCCAGAAAGCCCGACUGGGACCUGAAGCGAGACGUAGCCAAGAAGCUGGAAAAACUGGAAAAGCGUACCCAGAGGGCCAUUGCUGAACUGAUCCGAGAAAGGCUGAGAGGCCAGGAGGAGAACUUGGCAUCUGCCGUUGAUUCAGCAAAGCAGGAAGGCAGUGACUCGGAUUGAGGUGGCGUUGGGGGGGCCGUUGCAGAAAAGAGAUUCCUUUGUUCCAGACUCUGGGAAGGAUCUGCCUCAAGGAAUCCUGGAGCCUUUGUGUGGGCAUAAGACGUGGUGGAACCAAGCAGCCUGAACAAACUGGGUGCAAUUCAUGCCUAGAAGAGCGUGCUUGUUGCGAACAAAAACAUGUGAUGCUUUCUCCAGACACACAUUCCUCUUGACGCUCCCCAAACCAUCGUCCUUGCUGAUGCCUUAACUGGGGAAGAGAGAGACAGGAUCUGAGUCUCUUGGCCGCACUGCCUCCGCCUCCUCUUCGCCUUGGACUUGGAGCAACCUAAACAGAGACCCUUGCAGCGCCAGAAGUUAAAUACAAAGCUCAGGAAAUGCCAGCCUGGCAAGAUUACUUUGGAUCUAGGAUUGGGGGCAGGGCCUGCACUCCUUCUUGGUGGGACUUGCUCAGCUGACUGGGAAUUGUGUUGGAGUUCUCAUCUUCUAAAGGAACAAGGGGCCAAAACGUCCUGCAUUGCCCAAGAACCACAAAUCUGCAACCAGUGUGCGUGUGCACCCAGAAAAUCCUUGUUCUUCUGUUCCCCCUUUCUUCCUUUUCAGCAAGUGUGCAACUGGCUUGUGAUGGACUGGUUCUUUGAGGGGCAAUCCUGCUUUUUAGGCUUUAAGUAACUGGUACCCAACAUCUAGUUCUCAGAAUAUAAAAUGCAGAGGAAAUCAGCUGAUGUCUCUCAUUAACAGUCGCCCGGCCGGCCUGCUCUUCCUGGGCUGCAGGAAACAGCUUCUCACAUGGAAGCCCGACAUGUUAAUUUACAGGCCUUUGGUUUCUGUGUUUCUUCAGUCUUUAACCUUGAAAAUGUGUGCCACCCACCAUGCUGGGUUGCGUGGAGGUAAUUUGUUUCUUUUAUAAUAAAAUGUUCCCAAAGCAAUUUGCAAUUGCCUCAUCUGUGCUGUAAAUUCAAAAUGAGUUCGAAAGGAAAGGACUUAGCUGGAAAAUACGGCAUUUUACAUAAUAUUUUUUUUGCUCUGUGGAUGGUUUCAUAGCUGAGGAAUAGACCU